AUGCGCCUGGGCUUCAUCCUACUGGUCACUACCUCGACACUCUUUGCCCACGGUGAUGCUGUCACGGCAACUGCCAUUAACAAUGCUGCGCUAACUGGUGCAAUGUCGUUGGGCUUUCUUCAACUCAUUGGUGCUGACGAAAGGGUCAGCGAUCAGUUCCGGUUCCUGAGAGGCAGCAAGAUCGCUGAAAACGAAAACGAAGAGAGAGGGGGUUUGGAUGCUAAAAGCUUUGUCGAAAAAUUAUUCAGGACGAACUCUUUUUCGGAGCUCAAGAAAAUUGACGAACUGACAGAGCUCAAAGCAAUUUCGGCUGCGGUAGAUGACAAAUUGGCGGCAGUGUUCAAGUUCGCUGACGACGCGAAAAUGCGUCCUGGUGAUCUGGCCAAAAUAGUCAACAAAUUCGAUGGUUUCGAUGAUGCUCUUAAGACGAAGGCUCUGGAAGAGUACACCAAGUACUGGAACACAAUGCACUAA